GGCAGGAACGUCCUGAGGGAACAAGGUGUCUUACCAGCACGGCAGCUCACUACUCACUCUUGAGUAAAAGCAAAUUAGCUUAUGCAAAGCACAAGCAAGAUUUUCUGUUUUAUUCUGAUUUCAUUUUAAGUGCAUUAUGGGAGAACGACAACAACUUCUGGAGCUGCAUUGGAAUACUAAAUUACUAAAGCUGUAGGAAGUUUUGGGAAAAGUUCCAUGAGGAGUUUCUCUAAGGAUCUCAGGUAUGAGGGUCCGUGGGGAGCCAAUAAGAAUGGCCUUGACUGGCAGAGCUAAACUGCUCAGUGUUAUAGCAGUCCUGCUGCACAUAGCCAGAUGUCAAGGGAGCCUGGAAAAGGAUGGCUCUCCUCUGCGGUUCACCCAUCACUUGUAUAAUGCCACCAUUAAUGAAAACUCUGCCCCCAGGACCUAUGUGGAGAGCCCCGUUCGGAUGGGCAUUGUAGUUUCUGAUUCUUUCUGGGACAUCAAGUACAGAGUUGUCGCCGGCGAUGAUGAUGGCCUUUUCAAAGCAGAGGAGGUAGCCGUGGGGGAUUUCUGCUUCCUGAGGAUAACAACCGGCAGCGGUAACUCACUCUCUCCCGUUCUGCUCAACCGAGAGGUACGGGAUGCCUAUACUCUGACUGUUGAAGCUACAGAGAGCACAUACGAGUACCAGGCGAGAACAAAGGUAUCGAUCCAAGUGCUUGAUACAAAUGACCUGAAACCGCUCUUCUACCCUGCCUCCUACAACGUAGUGAUCAGGGAGGACACUCCAGUGAAAUCAAGUGUGGUGAGAGUGAGCGCGACGGACGCUGAUAUUGGCAGCAAUGCUGAGUUUUAUUACUCCUUCACCACUAGAUCACAUCCAUUUGCUGUUGAUCCUUUCACAGGCACCAUCACGCUUGUCAAAAGGCUUAACGCCACUCAAAAAGAAAGGUACGACCUUACCAUUUUGGCAGAGGAUAGAACAAAGAAAAUCUCUGGGGUGCAGAAGUUUGGAAACGUUGCUACGGUUGUUGUAAACGUCGAAAAGGUUGCUGAAAAUUUUACUCUCAUCGCACCCAUCACAGCUGAGGCUCCUCAAACGGACACAGAUAGAAUAAGCGUGAAUGUCAAGAUAGAGCCCCAGGCAAAGGCAGGAGUGGUCUCUCUGAGUGUAGUUGCAGGAGAUGCAGUGAAGGGUUUUGAGAUUAUUCCAUCCGCUUUGCAGGGUAACGACUUUCAAGUGGUCUCAACAAAACGGAUUAACUGGCCACAAAACCCAUUUGGAUUAAAUAUCUCCCUUCAAGCGAAGGACAGAAGUAACCCCCCUUUGCCAACACAAGUUAAGAACAUCCAUAUUCCUUCUCCCCAAUUUACAUCAUUGACAUUUGAGCGAAAAAUAUAUUAUGCCACCCUCAGUGAAUUUUCCCCUCCAAAAACCCAUGUGCUGAAAGUGUCUGUACAUCCCGGUUUACCAAAUGUCACUUAUCACAUUAGAGGUAAUGCAGAUAGCCAUAAAUUCAAAAUUAGCACAAAAACUGGCAUUAUUGUUACUUCGGAGUCUCUUGACUUUGAAAAGAAAUCUCAUUAUGAGUUCGAUGUCACUGUAAAUCACGGCGAAGCUGAAGCCCAUGUUAUAGUCGAUGUAACUGAUGAGAAUGACAAUGCUCCUAGAUUUAUUAACCCUUCACACCAGGCCACUCUGCCAGAAAAUAUUCCUAUAGGAACUAGCAUUUUAUCCAUCUUGGCUAUCGAUGUGGACAAGGACAACAAUGGCUUUGUGACAUAUGCCAUUGCAAACACGGCUCCAUUACCUUUUGUCAUAGAUCCACUGACUGGGGUAAUUUCUACCUCAGAAGAGUUUGAUUAUGAACUAAUGAAGAGGUGGUACCAUCUUCGGAUCUGGGCUUCUGACAGUGGUAGUCCUUUUAGCCGUGUGAGUGAAUGUGCCAUCACCAUCACUAUGACCAACAUCAAUGACAAUGUUCCACUUUUUGAGAGAGUAGCAUGCAAUGCCACCAUACCCCUAGGCUUUGCAGCAGGAGAGACCAUUGUAGAGAUGUCUGCAGUUGAUCUGGAUGAGCUGGAGCAAAUUCGCUAUGGAAUACAGUCUGGAAAUGAGGACAAAUUAUUUGCCAUUGACCCUGUUUCCGGCAUCAUCACACUAGCACAGCCCAUUCCCACAGACUUUUUAGAGACGGAAAGUCCUUCAUAUACCCUAAAAAUAACAGCAACAGAUGGCAAAUAUAGUGCCGACCCCACUACUGUCACUGUGUAUGUCACGGACGAGGGCAAGGAAGCCACCACACACUGCCAAGAAACUGGAGUGUUCAGGCAGCUGACGGAGAAGCUUAUUGAAUCAAUCAAGCCUGUGCUCUCUGCCCAAGAGGAAGAGUCUUUCUCUGAUGUCCAUAUAAUCAAUCGUCACUCUCCAAAGUUUGCUCUUGGCAUUCCAAGCUCCAUUGAUGUCAGGGAAGACUUUGCUCUCAACACAUCUAUACUACACUUUCAGGCCACUGAUAAUGACAGUGGCUUUAAUGGAAAGCUUGUCUAUGCAAUUUCAAGCGGGAACGAGGACGGAUGUUUCUCCAUUGAUAUGAACACAGGAGACUUAAAAAUUGUCUGUACAUUAGACAGAGAAACCAAAGAAUUCUACAUUCUGAAUGUAACAGUGUAUGACUUGGGUGCUCCACAAAUAUCUGCAUGGAAAUUUCUUGCUGUCAAUAUCUUGGAUGUAAAUGACAAUCCACCAUUAUUUUCUCAACCAAGAUAUGUUCUGAACAUACCUGAAAACACAGAGACUGACAAGAGCAUCUUCAAAGUACAUGCAGUGGAUUUUGACCUUGACGACAAUGGAGUCAUCAAAUAUUCCUUAUUAACAUUCACUGACCUAUUUAAAGUUGAUGAAACCUCUGGGGAUGUGAGGGUGAUUGGGCAUUUGGACAGAGAGACCUUUCCCAGAUAUGACUUAAAGAUUGAGGCCAGGGAUCAAGCGAAAGAGGACCCUCAGCUUAUCUCAACUGCAGAUCUAGUGGUUGUCUUGGAAGAUAUCAAUGAUAAUCCUCCUAAGUUUGUACCCAAAGUCUACAGCAUUAAAGUCCCUGAAGAUGCCCCUCCAGGCACAGUGCUGUUAUGGGUUGAGAGCUAUGACCUGGAUUUGGGGAGUGGAGGAGUCAUAAGCUAUAAUCUGAAGAACAGUGAGGCAGGCACCUUUUUCCUGGACACAAGUACAGGGCUACUAACUCUUGAGAAGGAACUGGACUUUGAAAGAAAGCAGUUGUAUAAUCUAACGGUUCGAGCUGUGGACCAUGGAAACCCCAGGUCCUUAUCAUCCUCAUGUUUUGUAGAGGUUCAAGUGUUGGACGUCAAUGAAAAUUUGAAUAAGCCAGUUUUCAGCUCGUUUGUACACAGUGCUCCAGUUCUGGAAGAUGCCAAAAUAGGCACUUCAGUUCUGACUCUCACAGCUGUGGAUAAAGAUUUGGGGAGAGACGGAGUUGUCAGAUACCACAUUCAUGAUGGGACAGGACUUGGAGUCUUUGUCAUUGAUGAAGAAACAGGAGUGAUCCGGACAGCAGACACUCUGGACAGGGAGGCUGUACUGCACUACUGGCUGACUGUGUAUGCCACUGAUCUGGGCACUAUACCCCUGGUGUCCUGGACUGAAGUGUACAUUGAAGUUUUGGAUAUUAAUGACAAUCCUCCUGAGCUGUCCCAGCCUAUCUACUUUGCUUCAGUCCAUGAAAAUUUGCCCAAAGACAAAUCUGUGUUGAAAGUGGCCGCCACAGAUGUGGACAAGUCUUCAGAGGGAAAGGUGACGUUCCAGAUCCUGGAUUCUCAGCGCACAUAUUUCACCAUCGACUCAAAGACAGGUGUGAUCAGCACCGUCGCUGAGCUGGACCGGGAACAAAAACCAGAGCACAUUAUUGAGGUGAUUGCAUCUGAUAACGGAGCUCCCCCUCUGCGCUCCACUGCCACGGUGGUCAUUAAGGUCCUGGAUGAGAACGAUAACAGCCCUCAAUUCAGCCACAAGCUCUUCCAAGUCAAGCUGCCUGAGCGCCAGAGCACGGCCCUGCCCCAGCAGGUCUACAGGAUGGUUGCCCGCGAUGAUGACGAAGGGCCCAACGGCAUGAUCACCUACAGCCUGGAGAACAGCAUGGAGGGGCAGUUUGAUAUCGACCCCACAACAGGGGUGGUCACCGCCAGGGGAGAGUUUGGACGAGGCAAUUACAGCAUCCUCACGAUAAAAGCCACAGACCAUGGCAGUCCUGCGAGAAUGUCCAAGUCUCGUCUGGAUGUAGAAUGGCUGCCUCAGCCGGAGCCCAGUUCUGUGCCGCUGGCCUUCGACGAGGCACACUUCACCUUUGCUGUCAUGGAGACCGACCCAGUCGCUGACAUAGUGGGUCUCAUCAGCACAGAGAUCACUCCCAGCCCCCUCUGGUUCGACAUUGUAGGUGGUGAUGAGGACCAGGAUUUUUACAUAGAGAAGAACAUGGGGAGUAUUGCGAUAGCCAGGCAUCUGGAUGCAGCCAGAAGAUCUAAUUACAACCUCACCAUCAGCGUCACAGACGGCUCUCAAACCAUUACUACUCAGGCAUACAUUCGAGUGCUGGACAUGAAUGAGCAUCGACCCAUGUUUCUGAAGAAUCAGUAUGAGGUCAGAGUUCCAGAGGACACAGAUCCAUGGAAGGAGAUCCUACAGAUCAGUGCCCAGGACGCAGAUGCCAACAGCAGGCUGGUCUACUCCAUCCACAGCAGUCUCCGUCCAGACAGCCUCAAGCAUUUCCAUCUGGAUCCAAAGACUGGAGUGCUUGUCCUGACUGAGGAGCUGGACUAUGAGACCAUCUCCACACAUACUCUUAUUGUGAUGGUUCGUGAUCAAGAGAUUCCAGUGAAGAGGAACUUUGUAAAAGCUGUGGUGCAUGUGGAGGACUGUAAUGACUACACACCAACCUUCAUGAGCACUCAUUAUGAAGGAAGCAUCAGCAACCUGGCUCCAACUGGUACUGAAGUGCUUCGAGUCAAAGCUUUGGACAAGGACACAGGCAGCAACUCUGAGAUUGUCUACUCCAUUCACUCAGCAGGGAACAUGGAUGGAGCUUUUGAUGUUGAUCAGGACACAGGAAGCAUCCGUGUGAUGAAGUCAUUAGACAGACUCUCCCAGGAGCAGUAUCACCUUACAGUGAAGGCCACCGACCAGGGCUUCCCCCAGCGCAGUGACCUUUGCCCUGUCAAUAUCCAUGUGAAGCUGUCUGAGCUCACAGCUCCAAAGUUCACCCAGGAUGAGUACUUCACUGAAAUAAGUGAGGCUAGUCCUCUAGGCGCUCCAGUGCUCUCUGUCUCAGCCAGCUGUCCAUCUCCUGUGAAUUACAGGAUCAAAGAUGGUGACCCUAAUGGGACUUUCCACAUCAAUUCCAACUCCGGGCUGCUAUCUGUCCAAAAAGCUCUCAAUUUUGAAGAGUGCCUCUCUUACCGCCUGCAAAUAAGAGCUACAAAUACAGCUGGGGUCUCGUCAGAUGCUGUUGUCUAUGUGUAUGUCAUAGACGAAAAUGACAAUGCCCCUGGUUUCCUUCAGGACAGCUACUAUGGUCAAAUCAGUGAGUCUGCACCUAUGAACAGCAUGGUAAUGGGGGAGAACAACACCCCACUGGUGAUCAAGGCCUCAGAUGCUGACAAGGACUUGAACGCUCUGCUAAUCUUCCAAAUCCAAGAGCCAGAGGCAAAGAAAAUGUUCAAAAUAGAUCCGAGUAUGGGCACCAUCUCUCUGAUAUCUGUGCUUGACUUUGAGACUACUCCAGAGUUUGUCUUCAGGGUUCAAGUGCAGGACUCUGGGGAGCCUUUUCUAAGCUCUGCCAAACCAUGCAAAGUCACCAUUCGUGUCCUAGAUUUUAAUGACUGCUCUCCUAAAUUUACACUACCUGUGUUUACUGCUUCCAUCACAACUCCUGUUUUCAAAGACAUGAAAGUCGUCCAAGUAUUGGCUCAUGAUGCAGAUUCAUCAGUCUUGUACAGUAUUGCAGAGAGUAAUCACCAGAAUGUGUUUAAUAUAGACCAGUUGACUGGUGAGAUUUCAGUCAGUGAUGUGUCUGACUUACAGUCCUAUUAUGAGCUCAAAGUUGAAGCCUCGGAUGGCUUGUACAAAGACACUGCCUUAGUGAAAGUUAAUGUCACUAAGGUCAAAACAACUAGUCUGAAGUUUGAGGAGAGGAUGUAUAUAGGCACUGUACUUGAAAACACUACAUCUGUAAAAACUUUAACUGUCCUAAGAGCCACAGGUAGCUACCUCAACGAACCCCUGAUUUACACUGUUCUGAACCCAGGAGGCAAGUUUUCGGUGGUGCAGUCAUCUGGAGUGCUGCAGACCACUGGCGUUCCAUUUGACCGCGAGGAGCAGGAUGAGUAUAAUGUGGCUGUGGAGGUCAGAGACAUGAGAACUCCACCACGUAUAGCCGUAACUUAUGUCAAGGUCUUUGUAGAUGAUAUCAAUGACAAUGCACCCAUCAUAUCAAACCUUCCGCAUACUCUGAUGAUAUCUGAGGAGACUGAACCAGGGGAUGUUCUCUUCCAAGUGCUGGCAACUGAUGAUGACACUGGUGAAAAUGGAUCUAUAAUUUACACACUAGAGGACCAUUUCAAUCUCUUCAGGAUUGAUCCCUAUCUUGGGGAUGUGUCCCUUCAACGACCCCUAGACUUUGAAUCAUUGAAUAAGUAUGUGCUUACUGUGCGGGCCUCUGAUGAAGGUGAACCUAGUCUGUCAGAUUUUGGGGAGCUGUACAUCCAAGUGCAAAACCGUUCUCACCCUAUAUUUCAAAGUUUGUUUUACCCUUUGAGACUACCUGAAAACAUUGCUCCCUCCACAACUAUCUUGCAUGUGCAAGCAAGAAAUCCAGAGGGCUAUCGCCUUAUCUACAAUCUUGUGGAAGAUAAUGCCUCAAAUUUUUUUCACAUUGACUUCAAAACAGGAAUGUUGAGUGUCACUGACUUUCUAGACUAUGAGACACAGGCAAAGCACCUAUUGACUGUUCGGGCCACAGACUCUGUGACUGGUUCUUUUACAGAGGCCAAAGUAGAGAUAGAUGUUGAAGAUGUCAAUGAUAAUGCUCCUGUAUUUGGGAACCUUACUUACACAGCAGAAUUGUUAGAAGGUCUUCCAGUAGGCACAUCUGUAAUACAGGUUUCAGCAUUUGACAGAGACUCAGGAAGAAAUAAAGAUGUAACCUACCAAAUAGUUGACACAGGGAAAAAUGAAACAGAAUUUUUCAAAAUGGAUCCACUGAGUGGUCUUUUAGUAACAUUGCAGGUCUUGGAUUAUGAGACCAUACAGCAGUUCCACCUGAAAAUCAAAGUCACAGAUAAUGGUACACAACCUCUCAGUGGUGAAGCUUAUGUUAUUGUGAACAUUACAGAUGUCAACGACAACCCUCCUGACUUCAGUGAGUCACAUUAUCGAGCCUCUCUGGACGAAAUGGCGUCUUGUGGUCACAUAGUCAUCAAAAUCCAGGCUUCAGAUCCUGAUAGCAAGGACAGUCUCCAGUACAAGAUUCUUUCAGGGAAUGAAGGGAGAUACUUUGCUAUCAAUGAAUCCUCUGGUCUUAUCUCAUUCUCCAAUGUUUGCAAGAGAAAUCUGGAUCCAUUUUACAACCUUACAGUCGCUGUAUCAGACGGCGUGUUCCAAAAGACUGCUCCUGUAAACAUUGACAUGACCAGCAGCAACAGACAUAGCCCUUAUUUUAACCAGGAUAUUUAUGAAGCCGAAUUAGCUGAGAAUGCAGAGUCAGGAACACGUGUGAUUCGCCUAGCUGCGAUUGAUCCUGACGAUGGACCAUAUGGCAGUGUGGACUACACCAUUAUCAACAAGCUUGCAGAUGAAAAAUUCUCCAUUGACAGUGAAGGACAAAUUGUAACUGCUCAGCCUUUGGACAGAGAGAAUCCCUCACAAAGAGUGAUUGCCAUUAAGGUCAUGGCUAAAGAUGGUGGUGGCAGAGUAGCUUUUUGCACUGUGAAGAUCAUUCUUACAGAUGAGAAUGACAAUGCCCCUCAGUUUAAAGCAUCUCAGUACCACGUCUCCAUUCAGUCUACUAUAAAUAAAGGUUCCCCAGUUAUUCAAAUAAUGGCAUACGAUGCUGAUGACGGCAAGAACGCGGAUGUCACCUAUGCAGUUGAUGAAGCUGAGGAAGUGACAGAGGAGGUGAUUGAAAUUAAUCCGUUUACAGGUGUGGUCAGUGUCAAAGAGAGCCUGGUUGGAAUGGAGAACAAAAUCUUUAAUUUUAAAGUCCAGGCUCGAGAUGGAGGCAUUCCUUUUUAUAACUCCACUGUACCAGUCCAGGUUAAAGUAGUCCCACCAGAGGUGCCUCUGCCAAGGUUUACUGAACCACUGUAUACAUUCUCAGCCUCUGAGGAUCUUCCCAUUGGCUAUGAGAUAGGCACGGUCAAGGCCGAUGCGGACGUGCCGCUGAUAUACAGCUUAGUAGAUGGCAACACUGUGGAAAGCAACAGGGACAAAGUGUUUGCAGUUGAUGAAGAAAGUGGCACACUUGUGGUGCAAAAGAAUAUUGACUAUGAGAAGACCAAGUGGUAUCAGAUCGAUGUUCUUGCUCAAGGCAGUCACAAUGGCACAGAUGUAGCUUCUCUAGUGUCAGUUAGCAUCCAGGUUCAGGAUGUGAAUGACAACCAGCCCAUGUUCGAGGCAGACCCAUAUAAAGCCGUACUGGUGGAAAACAUGCCCUCUGGCACCACUGUCAUCCAGGUGACGGCUAAUGACCCAGACAAGGAUGCUAAUGGACAGGUGACAUACACUCUGGAGCCAGAGAUGGAUGAUGUCAGUGAUAUCUUAACCAUUGACUCAGAAACGGGCUGGAUCACCACGUUGAAGGAGAUGGACUGUGAAACUAAACAGUUGUACAGGUUCUAUGUGGUGGCCACUGACCAUGGAGGCAGUGUUAAGCUUUCCUCUUCAGCUCUUGUGGAAGUGACAGUCACUGAUGAAAAUGACAACCCACCGCAGUUCACAGAGGAGCUCUAUCAAGGGUCCAUCAUCGAGAACAGCAGGCCUGGAGAGGUGAUAGUCACUCUGACAACUAUUGAUAAUGAUGUGUCUGUAGACAACAGACAGGUCGCAUGCUAUAUAACAGAUGGUGACCCACUGGGCCAAUUCUCAGUCAUCGCAGUGGGAGAAGAGUGGAGAAUUACUGCCAAAGGUUCACUUGACAGGGAAGUCAAAGACAAACACAUACUCAAGAUUUUAGCCACAGAUGGAAAAUUUCAAACAGCUGCCACAGUGGAGGUCCAUGUUCUUGACAUCAAUGACAACAGUCCAUUGUGUGAGCAAUUGCUGUACACUGAAGCAGUCAUGGAGAAUUCUGCGUCAGGACGGUUCAUUCUGAAGGUGUCUGCCUCCGAUCCAGACAUUGGCACGAACGGACAAGUCUCUUUCACUCUUCAUGGUCCAAAUGCAGACAAGUUUCAUCUUGACCCCAAAACUGGGGAGCUGUUCACCCUCGCCGUCUUGGACCGGGAGAAGGAAACAGAAUACGACCUGGUCGUCAAGGCAACUGACGGUGGUGGACGCUCAUGUCAGGCAGACAUUAUGCUUAUGGUACAGGAUAUGAACGACAACGCACCACAGUUUUCCACCAACCACUAUGAGGUUACUGUGUUCGACAACACCACCGUUAGAACACCUAUAGCAGUCAUCUAUGCCAAAGACCCAGACACAGGCAUAAACUCAGAGGUGAGAUACUCCCUCCAGGGAGCAUACAGCGGCUUCUUCUCUCUGGACGAGAUUUCGGGAAUCCUACGUCUGGAGCGUUCUCUGGCUGAUGAGCUGGCUCAGUCCACCUUUGAGCUGCGAGUCAAAGCCACAGACAGAGGUCUUCCUCAUCACCACUCCUCUAUAGCUACGGUCACCGUGCAUGUUGUUGACCUGAGCGACUACCAGCCUGUGUUCCUGAGCGCUGAGUACACAGCCCAGCUCCCAGAAUCCUCAGCAAUAGGGACAGAAGUGCUCAGCGUGUCCGCACUCACCAGAGAUGGCACUGGCAACGAGCCUGUCCGAUACUCCAUCAUCUCUGGCAACGAGGACGGAAGGUUCCAAAUUAAUCCAGAGACAGGUGUGCUUUGGGUGAGCGCUGCACUGGACUUUGAGCUGUGCCGCGAGUAUUACCUGUCAGUGGAGGGGGCGCGAGGCAAGGCGUCGCUGGCUGACAUCGCCAUGGUUAUUAUCAACAUCACUGACAUCAACGACAACCCACCCGUUUUUAGCCGUGGAGACUACAGCGCCGAAAUCACAGAGGAUAUCUCUCCUGGAGACACAGUGAUGCAGGUGACAGCUGUCGACCUUGAUGGGCCUCCAAACAACCUCAUCCACUACUCCAUCGUGAGUGGCAACCCACAGCAGCAGUUCAGCAUCGAUCCUCGCACUGGUCACAUCAAAGUGCGCUCUGCACUGGACAGGGAAGAGAUUACACACUACUCGUUAACCAUCCAGGCUGCUGAUGAGGGGCAACCCCCUCUGUCUUCGGCUGUGCAGGUGACAGUGACGGUGACUGAUGUCAACGACAAUCCACCUGUCUUCUCCCAGACCACCCACAGCCUUGUUCUGCAGGAAGGGGACGCUGUGGGCAGUAGCAUUUUGCAGCUGUUGGUCAGCGAUAGGGACACGCCUCAGAAUGGCCCUCCCUUUUCUUACCACAUUGUGUCAGGGAACGAAGGCAGACACUUUCAUGUGGACCAGGGGGGUCUUCUGUCCCUCUCCUCAUCACUGGGAAAGAGAGGAAAGCCUCAGCAUGUGCUCAAAAUUCAGGUCACUGACAGCGGCCACCCCCCACUGUCAUCUAUAUGUGUGGUCAAAAUCAAUGUCACUGAGGAAAGCAAGUACCCUCCCACUGUGGCACCACUGGAGGUCUUCAUAACGACCACUGAGGAAACUUUCCCCAGGCGAGUCAUCGGCAAGCUCCAUGCCUCUGACCAGGACCCCCAGGACGUCCUGUCUUACAGGAUGGAAUCCACACAUGAAGGACUGUUCUCUGUGGACCCUGUAGAUGGGAAGAUUGUGGCAGAGGAGGCACUGCGGGCCGGCCUGUAUUCCCUCAACGUGAGCGUGUCUGAUGGCAAGUUCAGUGUGUUUGCAGGUGUGCGGGUGCAUGUGUGGGCCGCCUCCCAGCAGGCCUUGGACCAGGGUUUCACCCUGCAGCUGGCUGGUGUGUCCGCUGAGGAGUUUGUGGCAGACCAUUGGAGAAGCCUUCAGCGCAGCCUGGGCGCUGAGCUCAACAUCCCCAGGCAGGAGCUGCAUAUCGCCAGCCUGCAGCAGGAUCCCGACUCCGUCAACCUGCAGGUGCUGUUAGUGCGUCGGGCUCAGGACGGCUCAGCCCGACCCGUGGGUGCUCAGCGAUUGGAUGUAGCGCUGACCACAGUUGGGGACACCCUGGGCCUGAGGGUUCUCAGAGUGAGGUCGGACGGCUGUGUGGGCGAUGAUUGCCCCGAGCGAAGCUGCAGGAGCUCUGUGCUGAUGAAUGAAGAGAGAGUGAGCCACUACAGCACAGCGCGGACCAGCUUCAUCACGCCCCGCCACAAAUGGGAGAGUGUCUGCUCCUGUAACGAGUCUGCCGUGAGAUUUGAUGGACAUGGUUAUCUGAAGUACCUUUAUCGGGUGGAGGAGGAAAAACAGAACUUCCAUCUGUCCCUACGAAUUAAGACAUCUGAUGCUGAAGGCACAGUGAUGACUGCUAACACCUCUGACUGGGGAACAUUACAGGUGGUUGAGCGGGAGGUCCUGUUCCGUUACGGCUGUGGAAACGUUCUCCCUGGAAGCCUACACGUGAGGGGCCACCGAGUGGCUGAUGGACAUUGGCAUCAUGUCUCUCUGGAGGUCAAUGGAACCGUGCUCAGGUUGACUGUGGAUGGCACCCACUCUAAUUCGGUGGUCCUGCCGGAGCCUUGCAGACUUACUCAGACCCGUGGGGCCCUGCUGCUUGCCAGCCCCAACCCCAGUGCAGAGGCCCAUGCACCAGGCUUCAAAGGCUGUCUGGACAAUGUGGAGUUUAACGGCCGGUCUUUGAGGAGAGAGGAGGGGCUGACACGCCUGGGUUCGCAAAGAAACCGACUCUUUGGCGUGUACCAAUGCUGCAGAGUGGACGGCUGCACCAGUAACCCUUGUGAGAAUGGAGGGACAUGUGAAGAAAACUUUAACGGAGAGUUGAGCUGCAGCUGCCCACUGCGCUUCUUUGGUGCGCGCUGUGAGCUGGAUAACAACCCCUGCGCGUCUCAGCCAUGCUCGCCCGGCAGCCUGUGCGUGCCAAAGCUCCAAGGCUACAUGUGCUACUGCCCUGAACAAACUGCUGGAAACAGAUGUCAGACUUUGAUUGACGCUUGUUCUCCAAACCCCUGCCCCAGUGGUUUUGGCUGUAAAAUGGCAGAGGGCUCCAUCCAUUGUGACCCGUUACCUCAGGUAUCAGGAGUCAUUGGAUAUAUAGAGAUUGCUGAGAUCUGUGCAGGUGUGAUGGGGCUACUGUUUCUGGUUGCGGCUUUUGUGUGCAUUCGGAAACGUUACAUCAGCCACAAGAAGCACAAGUCUGGCUGUGUGCAGGACUCCAACGGCUACUUUCCGACAGGCCUGACCAAGAGCAUGAUGCGUGACGGAGGGGACACACCACCAAUGGAGAUGAGCACCCUGAUUGGCACAGGGAACAACCUGGACCACAGCCCCUUCCGCUCCCUGAAGCCACGCGACCAGAGGGAGCUGGCUCAGUCGAGCUCGCGGACCCAGAAGGCUCAGGGCCCUGUGGUGUGCAGCGUGGCCCCUAACCUCCCACCUCCCCCCUCCUCCAGUUCCGAUAACGACUCCAUCGUGAAAAACAACUGGGAGGCGAGUUAUGAAGUGUACCCCGCUGAUCCGGACUAUUUUGGGCGCCCAAACGUGCAGGAGUUCCCACAGUUCGACAUUGUAGAGAGCACAUACCCCACCAUGUCGUCCACAGACUCUCGGCGAAACUCUCGAUUCGGGGGCUUCCCAUUCCCUCUGGAUCGCAAUGACCGGCGCGCACCGCUUCCACCGUGUUACAGUAACCAGAACCUGGAUGACUUCUUGGGGCCAGACGGCCUGCCUCUGCCCAGCUCACAGUGUCCAAACGAGUACACAGCUAUCAGCUACUACCCCACUCAUCACACACGCAGCAUGGACAACGUAUCGGCUGGCUACAAACGGCUCAGUGUGCGCCUGAGCGUGGCACAGCCUUCAUACGCAGACUGCGGCUCCUCUAGCCACACAUCACCUUCCAGGCGACCCCGCAGCCGCGCAGACUCGGACAUGAUGGAGAGUGACUAUGGCAGCUGCGAGGAGGUCAUGUUCUAGCAUAAUGUUGGGAGAUGUGGCAGAAGCAUGCUCAAUAUACUCAUGAAGAGGCUGAACCCCUUAAACUCCAGAAUUAUUAGUCAGUUAUUACAUUUACGGCUUCUUAUCCAAGGCCGUAUUAACCUAAUGGGCUUUAGGGAUCUUUAGGGACCUCUGCGUACAAUUACUGACAUAAGUAGUUACCAUUAGUCAGCGUUACGCUUUGUUCAUUUUGGUGGGUGUUCACACUGGAUGUGUUUUUGUACACCAAGUCUUUUUUUCUCUUUUUUCAAAGGGAGAGACACAUUUUGCACACCAGACGGAUGCGCUGGGUGCGGGUAUCUUUUGUGUGGAGCACUCUGGGCACACUGAGUUGAGAAAAUUUCAAGUUGAAGCUGUCAAGUAGCCUACUUCACAGCCAUUUUUCCUGUGCUCACCAGUCAGAUCAAAAGGAAGGUGGACCUGCAAUAGUCACUGAGUACCCUGAACUGGAUGACUUCACAGAUCAAAAUUAGAACAAUAAAAAUAAAAAAAUACCCCCCCCUUACUUACUAACCUGUGCAUGUAAUCAGUGCUAGUGGAGAGAGACCGUCCGUUGGUGGGGCUAAUUUAAGCUGUUUUUUAUUCUGGUGUAUGUCAGUGUUAAGUGGUCUAUUCAGCAUUUCUCAUUUGUGAUGAAUGUGUUGGUGCAUGUCACCCCAAAGCCCUAGACUGCCUUAAUACGGCCUUGCCAGUAAGUACAUUGAAUGAUUCAGUAGCCACUAAGACACUGAUAUCUAAGAUAUGAGUGAGAAAUGGAAAUCUGGACCCCUGAUGGGUCCUUAGAGUUUAAGGGGGAAAGAGAAGAAUGUGACUGGUGAAUUUCAGGGAGCUUGAUGGCAGAGUCACUGAGGCACAAGAGCUCCCUGCAUCGAACAGUAUUACUUUUUAUUUUCAGGGCGGUGCAAAGACACAUGCCUCAAAUGCGACCCGCUGUCCCUCGCAUAGAGAAACGGAUGAGAAUGUGUGGUAAAUAAUGUUCUUCUGCCUGCUGUUUGAGAAGAUGGCUCCUGAGCACAGCUGCACAGUUUCCAUCGCUCGGAAGCGUUUCAUUGUGCUUACUGUUUACAAUUCUUUUUCGUGUGCUGAACUGUAGUAUUUGUUGCAUGACUUUCUAAAGAAGUCUGAAAUGUGGUUUGUGACAUCUUCUGGGUUUCCAGCCGCGGAUUGUGCUCCUGUGUGUUGUCAUUUUAGUUUCCCCUAGUAAACAGCAGAGAAGUAUACCCUUUUUAUAUGCAGAUUUUGAAAAUGAUAUAUUUGGUGUGCCACAUGCCUGAUAUCAAAUUGGAACCACUGUGUUGAGAAAAAUGAAGCCAAAACUUGUUUUUCUGCGUUUUUUCAUGUCCCAUAUGUGCUUACUGCAACAAGCUGAUGAGUAAAAUUUUAAUAGAUGUUAAGAAAUGGAAAGGAAAGCACUGUUUAAACUAUAAAUUGAAAAGUAGUUUAUUAUCACUGACAUAUCAAAAUCAGUUGUGAAUGCAUUUUUUUUCUCCAUUCUAUAUUAUUUUUUCCGUGUGUGAACAUUUCAUGAUGAUUGGACUAACAGAACAGGUCCAAAAUAACCUGCAUUAAAGUUACGAAUAUUUUUCCUUCUCCUAUAAACGUAACACUUCAUAGAUACAAGGUUUUCAUAGAAAUGUGGUUUGCAGAGAUGAGCCCAACAGCUGGUACCAGCUGUACUACAUGCCGUCCAUAAUGGGGGUUCCUUAAGAUGAGAAUGCAAGCUUGAUUGAUUGUAGGACUCUUCCAUGUUCCUAAAGAGAUACAUCAGUCAUUCAGUUAUUUUCUUGGUCAGGCAGUUAGUGUUCUCCUCUGAGCGUGUUAAAGCACUUUGGCAAUGCUGUUUGGCUAGUGGAUUGAAAUAAUGCAAUGUUUAUCUUCAUAUAUGUCAGAGGAGGUGUGUGUUACCUUUCAUUCGCCAUAUUGGUGGAAACUGAGAAACCGAUAUUGGAAACUGGCCACUGCAAAAUUUGGAAUUGAGAGAAAUAAAUUAAAUUUAUGUAGAGUGAAGCUAAGGCUGGUCCUUUGCUAUUUCCAUGUAUUGUUAGUAGAAAUAUACUAUAUAUCAAGAAUAGAUUCCAGACUAAACAGAUAUAUUUUCACAAGCAUGUAUGAUGUUUGGGUUGCAGUGCUUUGUGAAUAGUAAUUAGAUGCAGUAUUUUUGGAAUGUGAACUCAUGCACUGUUUUUAUUUUCCUAAUAUAGUAGGUGUGUAAAAAGUUUGAUUAUCAAAAGUAAUCAAAUUAGAAUAAAGCAAUACAAAAUUUAUAUGCAAACUGUAAUGGGUACAGUUUGCCUCAAAACAAACAAGUAAACAUCAACUCUACAAAUGCAUUUUGGAAAUGUAGAAAUGUAUCAUAGACCUUGUUAUUAACUUCUUUGUACUCUUACAUUCUUAAAACGGUGUUUGCCAGUUCUACCCACACUACGUGUUUGUGGUCCUAUCCUUAUUGGCUUGUUUACACUUGAAAGGCGAUCAAUAGGAACGCAGUUCAGAUGCUGGACGGCAUGAUCGCUGGCUUUAGAGUUUGCGAUGAGGACAUGAGGACGUAUGGGAAUUCUUAUUAAAGCUGUACACACGGGUACAUGCUCAGGGCUGAGCCAUUGAACCGAGUGCAUGUACUGCCUCUCUCUCUUAUUGACCCAUGGCUAUGUCAUUGAUGUGGAUAGUGCUUAGUGUUUGAAGCAAAAAAAAUGAACUGUUCGUCUUGUUGCGUAUGGCAGCUGUUUGAAGUAUUUCUGGAGAUGAUUUACAGCUUGUCUCAUGUCUGUCAUUUAGGUUGGCCACAUGAACUCUCGAUGUAUGUACAGUGGUCCAGUGAGUUCAAGAAAGAAUGUAUCUUUGUUUUGUUUUUUUUUUAUUUGUUUUGUUUUGUAUUUUCAAAAUUCAAUGUGGGACAAAUCCCAUGUUUUAAAUCUGUUCCUCUGUGAGAGAAUCCUUUGCUUUUAGAUUUCAUCAUUAUCUGAAAUAUUAUGAAAUAGUACUAUAUAAAUAAAAAUAUGUGGUUAAUAAAUGUUUCACUGA